AUGGAGCCGGGGCUGGAGCGCUGGGCGCACGGCGCGCUGUGGGCGGCUCUGGCCGGCAGCCUGGCGCUGCGGGCGGCGCGGCGGGCGCCGGGGCCGGGCCGGGGGCUGGGGCCGCCGCUGGGCCGGGGGCUGGUGCUGCCGCUGGCGCUGCUGGCCGCGCUGCAGAGCCUGUGCCGCGCCUGGCUGCCGCUGCCCCUGGGGGAGUGUUUUCUUCCUCCUGCAAGGGAGAGAAACAACAGCUCCAUGACCUGCAAAUGCCCCAGGGCAAGGUCACAUCCUGGUGGUGCUCAGGCAAGGGAAACUGUGGCCACUGCAAGGCUCUUCCCAUCUCUUUCAGGAUGUGACUCGGGCUUUGGGCAGGCAACAGCCAGGCACUUGGACAUCAUGGGCUUUCGGGUGUUUGCCAGUGUGCUGGACCUGCAGAGUCCUGGUGCCCAGGAGCUGCGCCAGAGCUGCUCAUCGAGGCUGACGCUGCUGCAGAUGGACCUGACCAAGACAGAGGACAUCCAGCGUGUCCUGCAGCAUAUCCAGGCCCACACCAACAGCACAGGACUCUGGGGCCUGGUGAACAACGCUGGGUUCAAUGACACCAUUGCCGACGCUGAGCUCUCGCCGCUGGGCAAGUUCCGCACCUGCAUGGAGGUGAACUUCUUUGGCUCCCUGGAGCUCACCAAGGGGCUGCUGCCCCUGCUCCGCUCUGCUGGUGGCCGCAUUGUCACCGUGAGCAGCCCUGCAGGUGACAUGCCCUUCCCCUGCCUGGCAGCCUACGGGGCCUCGAAGGCAGCCCUCAGCCUGGUCAUGGACACCUUCCGCAGUGAGCUCCAGCCCUGGGGCAUCAAAGUCAGCCUCAUCCUGCCUGGAUACUACAAAACAGGGACGACAUGUGACCCUGCCUUCUGGAACCUGCAUAAGCAGCAGCUGUUGGCCAGCCUGCCCCAGGAGCUGCUGCAGGCCUAUGGCGAGGACUAUGUGGAGGAGAUCAACCAGCAGUUCAUCCAGUUCAUGAAGGUGGCAGUGGAGGACCUCAGCGCAGUGGUGAACAGCAUCACAGAGGGGCUUCUGGCUGCCAACCCAGCCGUGCGCUACUACCCAGGGCAGGGCCUUGGGAUCAUGUAUUUCAUACACCGCUACCUGCCCUACUUUGUCCGAGACUUGUUCUUGAAAGGAUUCUUCAUCAACCCCAAGCUGCCCCGAGCCCUGCGGCGAGAGCACCACAAGGAUGUGAAGAAGGCCUGACCUGGGCCUGCCCAGGGCCUUCUCCCGGGCUCUCCAGGCACACCGGCCCCUGAGCGCGUGCAGAGCCAAAGGCACUGCCCUCCUGCACCGUGGGGGAACAAUCAGCAUUAGACGUUAAAAACCAAAUUUCUUUCCAAAAAUCAGGUAGAUCUAUUUUCUAUUGUGCAAGAAUCAACGUUUUCUAGAGACCUUGGUUUUGUAUUUUUUCUAACCAUGUACCGUCCAAGAGGCCCAUCCCUGCCUGACUCAGCAGCUCUGCACCACAGGCUGGGAUGUACCUCCUCAGCUGCCCACCACCUUCCUUACUGCUCUCAGAGCUGUUUGUCUCCAUCCCCUCUUGGCUGGGUCAGGGCUGGGACCCUGUGGCCGCUGCCUCCCUGCCACUCAUUACACACUCCACACGCUCCUGAUCAGUGCAGGGGCCAAGACCAGGCUGCCAGUGCUGCAGAGCUCUUCAUGAGAUGAACUAUGUGAUUGUCACUUUUU